CUAUUUCAUCCAAAUAUUUUUUUGUUAUUGUUGACAGUUCAAUCACUUCAAUCAAUCAAUCUCAAUAAAAAAAUAACAUAUUUUUCAGUAUUAUGCUUAUUCGAAAAUGGUUGAAUUGUGUGUAUUAUGUUUGAAGUCGACAAGCACUGAAGCUAAUAAAAAAAAAUCCAAGCUUCUGAUAGAUCUCCUGGAAAUGUUGUCUUUAGAUUCUUGGUGGAAUACAGCUAACAGUAGUUGUCCUACAUUGUGCAAUAAUUGUAUGGCCAUAGUUGUGAAAGCAUUAGAUUUCAAAACUAAUUGUUUAGAAACAGAGAAAACUUUAUCACCUUAUGUGAAGGGGAAUGCCAAGGUUGAUUUGUGCAGUGUUUAUUUGAAAAAAAUGAGACGUGAGGGUGAACCACGCCUUUGGGAAAUAAUGAGAAUAUGUAGAGUCUGCAUCAGAUUGAUAAACAACUUUGAGUGCUAUCUUCUAGACUUCCUGGAACAGAAUCACUUGGAGGAUAUAUUCAAGAAAUAUAUUCCAGAAAUGGAACCCAGUAAAUUUGAAGAACCCCUAAUUUGCCAGCAGUGUAUAGACAAUUUCAAAAAUUUUUCUGACUUCAUAACUUCUUGCAUAGACACCAAAAACAAAAUCAAGAAAUAUUGUGAUGCAUCACACAUUUCUACAACUAAACAAGUUGAUUUGAAAGAUGUGCUGAGACAUUCCAUGAAGGAUAUAUUGGGAGGUGAUGUUUGUUAUAAGCUGAAGAAAAUAGACAGGAACAACUCUCUCAAUGAACCACUUUUACUAAUAAGUCAUAUCAAAGAAGAAUAUGAUACAGAUACUGAAGUGGAUGUUGAGAGUGUUGAUAUUCUGAGUGAGCCUUCAGAAGAUCAGUCAGAAACUAGAGAGAAUGAGCCAAUCCAAAAGUUUAAUCACUUCAAUUUUUUUACCUUGACUGAGAAUAAGAUCAAGAAUUGUAACCACUGUGACUACAAAACUUCCUGUAAAUGGAAGAUAACAAGACAUGCCAGAGUAAACCAUGGGCAUCUAUAUAAUUUCCCAGUCUUCCAUUGUGACAAGUGUAAUUACAAAUCAACAGAGAAGGAUUAUCUGAAACGCCAUUAUUUAACACAUUCUGAUUCAAGCCAAGAUCCUAGCACUAAAUACUCUAAAACUGACUUAUACCACUGUGAAAAAUGCACAUUCAAAACUCUCAGAAAAGACAUCUACAAGCAGCAUCUUUUGACUCAUAUGGAUUCUAAAGAUGUGCCAUCAUAUGAGUGCAAAAUCUGCAGUUUCAGCACAAAAUACAAAUCUGGAUUGAAGCAACACAUGAAGACUCACAUGGAUCGCAGCAGAAUAGCAAUUUUCAAGUGCCAUAUAGGGGGCUGCAAUUAUUCCACAAUUGAAAAGAGCUAUCUCAAAAAACACAUAAAGAGACAUAAGACACCAUGUCUGGAUAAGGUGGACACCUUGUAUUGCCAUCAAUGCCCUUUUAAAACUGAGUACAAGAAACACAUGAGGUCACAUGCUCAACUCCAUGUGAAUGGCCAAAUAGAUAGGAGCAUCCUGAGAUGUGAACAUAACUACUGUAAAUACAAAACUAGGAUGGAGGAGAAUAUGGAUGAACAUUAUGAAAAAGAACAUGGUGCAAAGUCCUAAAUUGUACAAAAAUAAUCCUCUGCAAUAAACAUUAUUUGUUAAUUUUGAGACAAGAUUUCUUUUUAAAU